CCAUCCCUAGUUGUGAGCGUCGAUCCUUUCGGUUUGUUCGUUGAUUGAACGUGUAUCGCUGUGGAAAAGUUGUUUUGCCUUUUUUCUGCUUUUGGUGGUCGUUUCUAGUAGUAACAAUCGCUGGUGUUCAGUGAAAUAGUAUGCAUGUAGUGCAGCGUUUCAAAUAUUCUAAGUGAAUUUUGUAAUCCGUAAUUGGAUAAGUGGUGAAUUAUAUAACAACGUCGUUAAAAAACGAAGAAACCGAUAGAAUAUUGCACUUUUGGAAGGAAUCAAUCAGGAGAAUAGGGCAAGCAAAACUAAUCAAGAGAGAGGCAAUAAAAAGACACACACAUAUCCAGCGCAUUAUCCUAUUAGUUUGUCAGUGCAGCAGCUAUGUCCCUGCAGGUACAACCAAGUCAGCAUCCGCCGUCCGGCCGACGUACUCCACAGGUUUACCAGAAUUUCAGCACCGGUGCCAGUGCAACGUCACCUACCAAUGGAAAUAAUAAAACGUCUUCCUCAAAACUUUCGUUGAAGGCGAGCGAGAAGACUUCUGUAGUUCCAACUACGACAGAUCCUACAAUCGUCGGUGACAAGGAAUCAACACAAACUUUGGUCUUAUCAAUAAAUAAACUGCCGGAUGAAACCACCAGUCCCUCGAAGGAAGUAUCAGUGAAGGAUAGCAAUGAAAAAGUUACCGCUACUAAUGGAGGCAGCACGAAUGGGACUCACAAGGAGAAGGCGUCAAACGGUAACACUACAGAAAAUGUUUCUACCCCAAUGAAAACUGCUGCAGAGCCAUCCAAAAAAGAAGAUGAAAAAGAGAAAAAGGUUAAGCAAAGUCCACGUUCAACACCUCAGAAGCAACCGCAACCUGAUCAGGAGACCAUUGUCUCCAAAGAUGCAACCGUUAAGAAAGCAAAAGAACCUCCAUCACCGGUAACUCUCGAUCAGAAGAAGAAAGAAAAACCUUCGGCGGAAAAUUCCCUGGUCGCCGACAAAGUUUUGAAAGGUUUCACCGCAGAAGGUGAAGAAAUGGAAUCACUGGUCGUCGAGCCAUCGGAGUAUGAAGAUUCUCCAAUGCCACCGCGCACUGGUGGAAAAUCCAAGUUGCUCAAAUAUGGCACCGGGCCAUUAGCCAGAGCACGGAUCAGCCCAUUCCGUGUUAAUGAGGCUGCCAAAAAUGCCAGCACUAUGGUUAAUCUUAGCACUGUUAGUGAGGGCCAGACAAGCGUCACAGAGUCCAAUGAAGCUUCGCCGGCAUCUGACUAUAAUCGCUCUUUGCGUACGAUUUCUGGUCGCCGCUCUACGCGACCUCUUACAGACAUCCAAUUGACUCAUCGUCGAUCAGUCGAGCUCAACGAUUCCACAUCUAGCCUCAAUGUAACUAUCGGAUCAGAGAUUCACAAUGACAGCUUACGCACUCCAGCCCCGGGAUCCUCUCGUAAGCGUAAAGCGAUGACACCGGAAUCGACCUCGGAUGCAUUAGAUGUGAAAGAAAUCGUUGACAGUCCCAAACGUGGUCGAUUGGAUUUAAGUGGAUUAUUAGGAAUCGUUGCCAGCCCAGUAACAAUGCUCAAAAAUCGUCUUUCACGAGUUAGAUUACAGGCUAGAACCCCGGUUGCUAAAAGAAACUUCGAUGGAGAUAAUCCUAACUCAGAUGGCGUUGUAACAGCCGAAGCAACAACUACCACUGCCAAUAUCUCUGGUGAAGAAGGCAAAAUGGAAGUGGAGGUGAUCGAAGACCCAAAAGGCGAAGAGCUCGCAAAGGUUUCUGGGGAUGGCGGUGAUGAUAAGACAAACACCAACGAAAUUGCUUCACAUGUCUCUGGCGAUGGUGAUUCAGAAUAUGGCAACGAUGCUGAAGACGGAAGCGAACAAGUUGUGGUUAAAGACGUCACAAAUAAGCGACAAUUUUGCAUUGUUAUGUAAUGCGUUAGGACACUUUAAAUCUAUGUGCCGCUGUCCAAUUUUUUCAAUUAUAGAUUUUAUUGUCCUUUAUCUUAUGGCUAAAGGCUAUGCUAUUAUAUUUGGCCGCAGGAAUUUCAGAAGUAUUCCUGCACAUCGUAGAAAUUUUAGUUCGUCCAAAUAAAUUUUGUCGCAAAUUUCGGCUGCGGUUUUUUUUACAAAAUGAGAUUUUUCUUUUUUAAAGAAAAAAUAUAUUUUAUAUGAUAGCUAUGAAGCUAUUUCGUCUUCGAAUAUGAUAAAUUGCUUUUUAUCUCACAUACAGAUCCUUAAUAAGGAUGACAAUCCUAAGCAUCAGUAAUCAUGUCACUGUUCAAAGAUAAUUUUUGAAAAUUAACAGUUAUGUCGAAUUCUUUUUUACGGCAGGACUAUCCCGUCCCGGACUACGCUUUGCAGCUUUAAAAAAACACUUUCCGAGCAGUUGCAAUGGUGUGCGUAUAAUACCAGAGGUAGCUGUCACUUUUGUUUUGGUCAUUAUCGCCAUUGUCUUUUAUCGCGUUUGUGCUGCUGUACGAAAAAUUUGCCAAUUUACUGAAAAAUGACAAAAUAACAAAAUAAAAUAAAUAAAAUUCAACCUGAUGUUAGACACGCGAAGGACGAUAAUCAAAGCAAACCGAUUUUGACACAUUUUUUUGAUUUUGACACAUACGUGCGAAUGUGUUGGUGUCUUCAAAACUGCACUCUGUUUCUUGCGCGGACUGUCCGGGACAGAAAAAGGGUAGUCCGGGAUAGUCCGGAAAAUGUAAAAAAAACAGUGAUAGGACAAAGUGUAGUCCGCGGGGUAGCUACACCGCAAAAACGAAAACGACAUUAGUAAUAAGGAUUUUUUUAUUGAGCAUUUCUUUAUUAUCGUAUAAAAUGACAUAAUAGUCCUCAGAAUUUAUAUCGUUAUUGCACGGGUAUAGUAUCAUGAAGGGAGAUUAAUUUUUCUUGAAAUCUUGGUAGUUUUUCCAGAACAAACCUUAAUGAAAUUUCCCAAGUUGCUCGGACAUCACCUGCUGCAAAAAAUAGUAGCUCAUAAACCAAAUAGUAGCUCAAAGUUGGUAUAUGACGUUUCUAUGAAACGACAAAAAAUCGGAAAAAAUAUAUCAUAAAAUAAAAAUUUGAAAAGAAAAUCUGGAAAAAACUAUUCCUAGAAUAAUUAAAUAUUCAAGAGAGAAAUAUUUUGAUUCAUACAUUUAUAAUCUCUUAGUGAUAAAAUGUUCAAAACGAUCCUGCUUUGUGUCCGAACGAUGGCCGGGAUGUUAAUUUUGGAAGAUUUUUUUUACGAUUAUUAAGGCCCGUGUGUUUUUUUUUCAAUUUAUCUCGGUUGUAGGUCAUUUUUUUUUAAUUCUGAGAAGCCUAAUUGAACGAUAAUAAAAAAAAUGCUAACAAAGCAUACAUAUUCAUCUAAACAUCAAGUAAAAUAAAAUAGCAACAAAUAUUACUUAUAUGAACAAAUAUGUUUAGCAGAAACAAAAAAUGCUUAGAAAAUGAGGAGAAAAAAGUGUAGAAUUACAAUAUGUAAAAUAAAUACAUGAAUAAAGCCUU